AUGAGGCUUCUAUGGUACAUUAAGUCUCGCAAUGGUACCAUGAGGUCUCGCUAUGAGCUACCUCAAACUACACCCAGAGCAACUGGCCAAGAGCCACCUCCAAACUACGCAAGCUGCUUCCAGGCUGCCCUGAAGCUGACCAGAGCGCAUCAGAGCUGCCUGAGCUGCCGCAGAGCUGUCAGAGCUGCAGAGCACCAUCAGAGCUGCCCCAAACCAGCCAUGAGCUGCACACCCCAGGCAACCGCAGGCUGCCGCAGAGCUGCUGCAGAGCUGCCCCCAGACAGCCGCCAGGCUGCCCCAGGCAACCGCGGGCUGCCGCCAGGCAACCGCGAGCAAGCCGCCAGACUGCCGCCAGGCAACCGCAGAGCUAAGCUGAGGCCCGCAGGCUGCCGCCAGGCUGCCGCCAGGCUGCCGCAGAGCUGCCGCAGAGCUGCCGCCGGUGCCGCGGAGCUGCCGCAGAGCUGCCGCCAGAGCUGCCGCCAGGCUGCCGCCAGGCUGCCGCAGGCUGCCGCCAGGCUGCGCCGGAAACGCGCGGGCUGCGCCAGGCUGCCGCAGGCUGCCGCGUGCCCCAGGCUGCCGCCGGGCUGCCGCGGAGCUGCCGCCAGGCUGCCGCCAGGCUGCCGCGGAGCUGCCGCAGGCUGCCGCCAGGCUGCCGCGGAGCUGCCCCAGGCUGCCGCGGGCUGCCGCCGACGCGCAGGCUGCCGCCAGGCGCCGCAGGGCUGCCGCGGGCUGCCGCCAGGCUGCCGCGGGCUGCCGCGGGCUGCCGCGGGCUGGCGACUGACGCCGCAGGCUGCCCCAGGCAACCGCGAGCUGCCGCCAGGCUGCCGCCGGGCUGCCGCCAGGCUGCCGCAGGCUGCCCCGGAGCUGCCGCAGGCUGCCGCCGGAGCUGCGCCGGGCUGCCAGGCUGCCGCCAGGCUGCUGCCAGGCUGUGCCGGAGCUGCCGCGGAGCUGCCGCCAGGCUGCCGCAGGCUGCCGCGGGCUGCCCCAGGCUGCGCCGGAGCUGCCGCCAGGCUGCCGCAGGCUGCCGCGGGCUGCCGCGGAGCUGCCCCCGGAGCUGCCGCAGAGCUGCCGCCGGAGCUGCCGCCAGGCUGCCGCAGGCUGCCCCAGGCAACCGCAGGCUGCCGCGGAGCUGCCGCAGGGCUCGCCGCCAGGCUGCGCCAGGCUGCCGCAGGCUGCCCAGGCAGCCGCAGGCUGCCGCCAGAGCUGCCCCAGGCUGCCGCAGACUGCCGCCAGGCCUGCCAGGCUGCCGCCAGGCUGCCCCCAGACUGCCGCCAGGCUGCCGCAGGCUGCCGCCAGGCUGCCCCAGACAGCCAGAGCUGCCGCCAGACUGCCGCCCAGGCUACCGCCAGGCUGCCCCCAGGCUACCGCAGGCUGCCGCAGGCUGCUGAGCUGCCGCCAGGCUGCCGCAGGCUGCCCAGGCCUGCCAGGCUGCCCCCAGGCAACCGCAGGCUGCCGCAGGCUGCCCAGGAGCUGCCCCCAGGCAACCGCAGAGCUGCCCAGAGCUGCCGCAGGCUGCCCAGAGCAGCCCGCAGGCUGCCGCCAGGCUGCCGCAGGCUGCCGCAGGGCUGCCGCCCAGGCCCACCCAGGCUGCCCCGCCAGGCCUGCCCCAGGCAAGCCGCCAGGCUGCCCGCGGAGCUGCCGCCAGGCUGCCAGGCUGCCCCCAGGCUGACCGCAGGCUGCCGCAGGCUACACAGGCCAGCCAGAGCUGCCGCCAGACUGCCGCAGGCUGCCGAGCUGCACCCAGGCGCUGCCCCCCAGGCUGCCAUGAGCUGCUGGCUGCCAGGCUGCCGCAGGCUGCCAGGCCAAUACAGGACACCGCCAGGCUGCCCCAGGCUGCCGCAGGCUGCCAGGGCUGCCCCGCAGGCUGUGCCGCCAAGCUACCUUGAGCCACUGCCGGGCUGCCGCCAGAGCUACCCCCAAACAACCGCAGAGCAACCGCCAGGCAACCGCAGGCAAACUGCCAAAGCAACCGCAAACUACCCCAGGCGCACCGAGCUGCCCGCAGCAACCGCAGAGCAAGCCGCAAACUGCCCUGCCAGACUGCCGCAAACAACCGCAAACUGCCGCCAAACUGCCCCAAGCAACCGCAGAGCUGCCGCAGACUACCGCCAGACUGCCGCCAGUGACCGCCAGGCUGCCCCAGGCAACCGCAGGCAACCGCCAAACUGCCCCCAAACCAACCGCAAGCAACCACCAAGCUACCGCAGGCUGCCGCCAGGCAACCGCCAGAGCAACCGCCAGGCAACCGCAAACCAACCGCCAGAGCUGCCGCAAACAACCGCCAGGCACCGCCAGAGCUACCGCAAACUGCCCACCACGCCAAACAACCGCCAAACACAACCGCAAACUACCCCAAACAACCGCCAACUACCAGGCAACCGCGAAGCAACCGCCAGGCUGCCCCAGAGCAAGCCGCCAGAGCUGCCGCCGAGCAACCGCAGGCAACCGCGGGCUGCCCCAGGCAACCGCAGAGCAACCGCCGAGCCAACCGCAGAGCAACCGCAGAGCUACCGCAAACAACCGCCAGAGCUGCCGCCAGCAGCCGCAAACUGCCGCAAAGCUGCCGCAGGCAACCGCAAGGCAACCGCAAACUACCCCAGAGCAACCACUGCCCAGAGCAACCGCAAACUACCACCAAGCAACCCCAAACUGCCAAACUGCCGCAAACUGCCUGCCAAGCAACCGCCAAACUACCCCCAAACUACCGCAAACCGCAAGCUACCGCCAGAAACUGCCACCAGAGCUGCCACCAAGCUGCCCCCAAACAACGCAGGCUGCCGCAAGCAACCGCAAACUACCGCAAACUACCCGCAAACUGCCGCCAAACCCUGCAAACUACCCCAGGCAGCCGCGAGCUGCCCACCCAGGCUGCCGCAGGCUGCCCCAGGCAGCCCCAGGCUACUGAGACUACCGCAGGCAACCGCAGGCUACGAACUGACCGCUGACCACCGCCAGGCAACCCGCAGAGCUACCCUGGGCACCAGGCAACCGCAGAGCUACCCCCAGGCAACCGCAGAGCUACCGCCCAGAGCUGCCGCCGACAACCGCCAGGCUGCCGCCAGGCAACCGCAGGCUGCCCCAAAGCAACCGCAGGCAACCGCAAACAACCGCAAGCUGCUGCACCAAGCAACCGCAGAGCUGCCCCAAGCAACCCGCAAGCAACCGCCAGAGCUGCCGCCAGAGCAGCCGCAAUCUGCCCCCAAGCAACCGCCAAAGCUGCCCCAAACAACCGCCAGCCGCCAAACGACCGCAAACUGCCGCCAGGCAGCCGCCAGGCUACUGAGCAACCGCCAGGCAACCGCCAGAGCUACCCCAGGCAACCGCAGAGCUACCCCAAACAACCGCAGGCAACCGCAAACUGCCGCCAAACAACCGCCAAACUACCCCAAACAACCGCAAACAACCGCAAACUACCGCAAACAACCACCGACUACCCCAAACAACCGCAAACUGCCCCAAACAACCGCCAGGCAACCGCAGAGCUGCCGCAGACAACCGCAAGCUGCCCCCAGGCAACCGCAGGCAACCGCAAGCUGCACCCAAACAGCCGCAAACUGCCCCAAACAACCGCAGGCAACAGACAACCGCAAACAACCGCAAACAACCGCAGAGCAACUAGCCAAGCAGCCACCGAGCUACCCCAGACAACCGCCAAACCGCAGGCUACUGAGCAGGACCGCCGAGCUGCCCCAUGAGCAACCGCCAGGCAACCGCAGGCUGCCGCAAACAACCGCAGGCACACUAGGCAACCGCAGACAACCGCAAACCAGCCACGGUAACCGCAGGCUACCCCGAGGCGCGAGCUGCCCCAAAGCAACCGCAGGCAACCGCCAGAGCUGCCGCCAAGCAACCGCAGGCUGCACAAGCAACCGCCAGGCAACCGCCGAGCAACCGCAGGCAAACCGCAGCAACCGCAAACUACCCCAAACAGCCACCAGGCUACCCAAACUACCGCAAGCAACCGCAGAGCAACCGCCAAACUGCCCCCGAGCAACCGCCGACCUGCCAAACAACCCCAGACAACCGCAAACUGCCGCAAACAACGCCGACUACCCCAAACAGCCGCAAACUACCGCAAACUGCCGCAGGCUGCUGCCCGACAACGCCAAACUGCCCCCCAAACUGCCGACAUGCGCCAGGCUCGCCACCGACAGCCGCCAAACAGCCGCCCAAACCGCCACCGGCGAAGCCGCAGGCUGCCCCGAACCAACCGCAGGCUACCGCGAAGCAACCGCCAAGCUGACCGCCAGGCUGCCCCAGAACUGCCGCCAGGCUGCGCCAGGCAAGCCGCCAGGCUGCUGCCAGAGCUGCCGCAGGCUACCGCAGGCAACCGCCGCAAGCUGCCGAGCAACCGCAAGCUGCCGCCAAGCAACCGCCAAGCUGCCGCAAGCUGCCGCAGAGCUGCGCAGGCAACCGCAGAGCUGCCCGACAACCGCAGGCUGCGCAGGCAGCCGCCAGGCUGCCCCAGGCUGCAGGCAAUCCAGACUGCCGCCAGGCCUGCCGCCAGGCAACCGCAGUGACCGCCAGGCAACCGCCAGGCUGCCGAGCAACCGCCAGGCUGCCAAACGACCGCCGGGCGACGCAAGAGCUACCGCGAACCGCAGGCUGCCGCCGAGCUGCCGCAGGCAACCGCAGGAGCUGCCCCAGACGACCGCCAGGCUGCCGCCAGGCUGCCGCCAGGCUGCCGCAGGCAACCGCAGGCUGCCCAGGCAACCGCCAGACGAGCCGCAGGCUGCCCCAGAACUGACCGCCAGGCUGCGCCCAGGCAACCGCAGGCUACCCCGGGCUGCCCCGACAACCGCCGAACUGGCGCUGACGCCUGGCUGCCGCAAGCAGCCGCCAGGCUGCCCCCAGGCUGCCGCAGGCGACGCCAGACUGCCUGGGCUGCGCAAGCAACCGCAGGCUGCCGCAGGCUGCCUGAGCUGCCCGCAGACAGCCGCCGACGACCGCCAGGCUGCCCCCAGACUACCGCAGGCUGCCGCCAGAGCUGCCUGGGCUCGCAGACGACCGCAGAGCUGCCGCGAACCGACCGCCAGGCUACUGAGCGGCGCAGGCAGCCGCCAGGCACCACCAGACUGCCAGGCUGCCGCAGGCUCACCCAGACUAGCGCAGGCACCGCAGGGCGAAAAACGCCGCAAACCAGCCGCCGGGCAACCGCAGAGCUGCCUGAAGCUGCCGCAGGCAAGCCGCCAGGCAAACCGCCAGGCUGCCCUGAAGACCUGCCGCAGGCUGCCACCAGGCUACCAGACCAACCGCGGCAACCGCAGGCAACCGCCAGGCUACCUCAAACAGCCGCCGGGCUGCCGCCAGGCUGCCUGGGCACCGCCCCAGAACCAAGACUGGAGCUGCCGUGAGCUGCCGCCAGGCUGCCGCCAGGCUGCCGCCAGGCUGCCCCCAGGCUGCCGCCAGGCUGCGCAGGCUGCCCCAGGGCAAGCCGCAGGCUACCGCAGACUGCCGCCAGGCUGCCAGGCUGCCGCCGAUGCGCAGGCUGCCGCCAGGCUGGGCUGCGCAGGCUGCCGCCAGGCUGCCGCAGAGCUGCCGCCAGGCAAGCCGCAGGCUGCCCCAGGCUGCCGCAGGCUGCCGCAGGCGGCGGGCCUGCGCCAGACUGCCGCCAGGCUGCCGCCAGGCUGCCGCCAGGCUGCCGCCGGAGCUGCCGCCAGACGACCGCAGGCUACGCCAGCUGCCGCACAGGCUGCUGCGCCGCCCAGAGCUGCCGCAGGCAGCCGCCAGGCUGCGCAGGCUGCCGCAGGCCCGACCGCCAGGCUGCCGCACCAGGCUGCCGCCAGACGGUGCCAGGCCAGAGCUGCCGCGAAUGCGCAGGCUGCCGCCAGGCUGCCGCCAGGCUGCCGCCAGGCAACCGCAGGCUGCCGCCCCCAGGCUGCCGCAGGCAACCGCCAGAGCUGCCCCAGGCUGCCGCCAAACCAGCUGCCGGGCUGCCCCAGAGCUGCCUGCCGGCGACGCAGAGCUGCCCGGCUGCCGCAGGCAACCGCAGGCUACCGCGAAGCUGCCCCGCACCAGGCUGCCGCCAGGCAACCGCAGGGCAGCCGCCGGGCAGCGCACAAGGCUGCCCCAGGCGACCGCCGAAACCCGGCCGCCAGAGCUACCCAGGCUGCCGCAGGCAACCGCAGAGCUACCCCCAGGGCUGCCGCAGAACAACCGCCAGGCUGCCCCAGGCUGCUGCAGGCAACCGCAGACAACCGCCAGAGCUACCGCAGGCAGCCGCCCCAGGCGUGCCGGUGCCCCAGGCAACUUGCCCCAGGCCUGCCGCCAGGCAGCCGCCAGGCUACCCCCAGGCUGCCGCGAGCGACCGCGGAGCUGCCCCAGGCCCUGCCGCGAACCGACCGCCGACUACUGGCUGCCAUGAGCAACCGCCAGGCUACCGAGCUACGCGGCACGCAAACAACCGCAGGCAACCGCAAGCUGACCGCAGGCUACCGCCAGGCUACUGAGCUACUGCCGGCAACCGCAGAGCUGCUGAGCUGCCCCCAGGCAACCGCAGGCUGCGCCAGACAACCGCAGAGCGACCGCAAGCUACCCCAGGCUGCCGCCAGGCAACCGCAAACAACCGCCAACUGCCCAGGCAACCGCCAAACGACGCAAGCAACCGCAGAGCCUGCCGCCGCAGAGCUGCCAGGCUGCCGCCCAAACUGCCCGAGCUGCCGCAGGCAACGCCAGAGCUGCCCACAGGCCCCACGAGCAGCCGCGGGCUGCCUCCCGACAACCGCCGAGCAACCGCAGGCUGCCGCAGAGCUGCCGCAACUGACCGCGAACUGCCGCAGACUGCCGCCAGGCAACCGCAGGCAACCGCCAAGGCAACCGCCGAAGCUGCCUGAAGCUGCCGCCAGGCUGCAUGCCAGGCUGCGCAGAACCGCCAGGCUACUGCCAGACAACCGCAGAGCGACCCGCAAGCUGCGCGCUGACACGAGCUGCCGCCGGGCCAACCGCAGGUGCCGCGGUACGCUGAGCCGCCAGGCACAGGCAACCGCCAGGCAACCGCCAGGACUGCCGCAAACCGCAGGUUGCACCGGCUACGCUGAAACUGCCGCCAGAGCUGCCCCUGAGCAACCGCCAGAGCUGCCGCAGACAACCGCAGGCAACCGCAGGCUGCCGCCAGGCUACCUGGGCCGCGACUGCCCCACAACCACUGAAGCAACCGCAGGCUGCGCAGAACUACCGCAGGUGCCGCAGAGCUGCGCUGAAGCUGCUCGGGGCUACUUCCCAAACGGCCGCAAGAACACGCGAGCAACCGCAGAGCAACCGCCGGCACUGAGCAACCGCAAGCUGCCCCGAGCAACCGCCAGAGCAACCAAACUGCCCCCAGAGCAACCGCCAGAGCAACCGCAGGUGCCGCAGAGCCACCUGGCUGCCAGGCUCCGCAGGCUCCGCAGGCAACCGCGCAGGCUGCCGCAGAGCUGCCGCCAAACAACCGCCAGACUGCCGCCCAAACAGCCGCAGGCUACGCCAGAGCCCCCCAAACUGCCGCAGGCUGCCCCAGAGCAACCGCCGAAGCAACCGCAGGUGCCGCAAACUGCCUAA